AUGUCCGCUGCCACCGCAAAGAAGCCUCCCGCCGCGGGUGUAGGUCGGGUUUCCUCGACUGAUCCCGCCUCGCCUUCUGCGUCUCCUGCGAGAACCCCUUCACGAUCCUCUACUCCCACCACUGCCCCAGCUGCACGCAGAGGACCACCUCGCACGACAACGCCAGUGUCUGCUCGCGCUGCCGCCCACGCGAGAAGAGGAUCUACAAUGAGCAACAGCAAUGUCACUAUUAGCACCGAGGCCGAGGAGGCCGCAAGGGCCGAGACCGUUGCAUUGCUCGACGACCUCAAGGAGCGUCUUUCCAAUGCUGAAAUCUCCUCUGAGCAGUACAGGAAACAGGCCGAAGUGCUGCAAACGAGACUCGACGAUGCACUCAAGGAGUCUGCAAAGUUGGAAGAAAAAGUCCACGAAACCGAGGAGCAAAUCGAGACAUUGCGUAAUGAGAAGAGGGAGACCGCGAGGCAGAUGCGCGAGAUGGAAACCAUCUAUGAGGCCGAGAGAAGCUCCAUGAACAAGGAGAAGGAAGAAAUGUCCAACCGGGAAGAGGAGAUGCAGACCAUCAUCCAGAGACUGAAGGACACCCUGUCUCAGAGAAUGAGCGACGAGGAGGGCAGGUCGUCAAGACAAUCUGCAGCAACGUCUCCCAAUGUUGACAACGGUAGCUUUGCACCGCCUUCAUCUCUCAACCGCAGCGACUCUCGGAACAACUCCAAGCUUCUCCUCCAGAAGGACAAGCUCAUCGAGUCUUUGCGGCUAGAACUGGCUGAAGCCCAGAUUAAGCUAGUUGAGUCUGAGAACCAGGGCGGCGGAAGGCUGCAGGAGGUAGAACGGCUACUGAUGGAAGCCCGCAUGGCCAAUGCCCGUCUCAUGGAGGACAAUGAGAGCUACCAGCUGCUUCUGCAGGAGAAGACUUUGAACGGUGAUUUCUCUAAGAACGACUUCAGCUACAUGAAUGUUUCUGCCAAUCAAGACGCGCUCAAUGCGCUCGAAGGUCGCUCUGGUGGCACGAGCUUGGCGGAUGAACUGUCUGAGGCAUCGGAAGGCGCCGAUAACAACGACAAUGUCCGCCGCCUCGAGACGGAGUUGAAGUCUAUGAAGGAUCAGAACAAGGCAUUGACUCUCUACAUCAACAAGAUUAUUGAGAGACUGCUUCAGCACCAAGAUUUCGAGCACAUCCUUGAUACGUCGAGCGAGCCUAAGCCUCUCGCCGCCAACACCAACAAAGAGCUCCCGCCCCCGCCGGACAAAGGCGCAUCCGGAGCUUCGCUGUUGCAGCGGGCGAAAACCAUGGCUGUUGGCCCGAAUAAGACUAGGCCUAGGCCCAUGUCUUACAUGCCUUCAGCUCAGCCAGCCAACUCGGCGCACACCGAUCCGGAGACGGCACCUCGCAUUCCCAUCGGCAACCUGACCCGCUCUUCCAGCACUCGUCGCUCCCGCCCCAUGAGUGAACAGUUCACGGGCGUCAACUUGGUUAGCCAGAUGUAUAAGGGUCCCGAUGGCCCCAUCUCUCCGCCUUUGGGCUCUCCUCGCACGCCGCGAACCUCACAGACCUUCUUUGGCGGUAACCCCAACGCUGCCGCGCGCGCUCCCAGCGGUCAGCAGGCACCGACGGCGGGCAACUUCCCGGGCAUGCGUAGCGAGACAUCGAGCUUAAGUGGUGACUCUGGUGAGCUGACCACGCCGCCUUCGCAGUCGCCUCCUCGAUCCCACCACGAGAAGCAGACCACAUUCGCCGGCAACAAGCCCCGGCCCCUGCGCCUGGUGCAGGAGAACGCCGAGAAGCAGGAGAACAACAAACGAUCAAGCUGGAUGGGUUGGGCCUCAGGCUGGGGCAAGAAGGACGAGCCUGCCGCGGCCGCGAACAGCGAGGCCAUCCCCGAGUAA